CAAACUAAAACACAGCAGUGGAGUCCUUCCGAUUGUCACAAUUUAUAUGACAUAACUUGAAUUUUAAAAUCAAGUUUGUUAAUUUUGACCGUGAAUUUGGAUAUAUAAUCUAGAUUUUAAAAAUAAAAUUUACAUUCUCCCGAAAUUCGAAAAGCGCUAGUAGAAGGAGACUAAAUUUUAUUAUGGUAUUGUAAGGAAAAUGGGAAAAGAAAAUCAUGGAAUGGACUAAAGAAAGCGAGGCAUGCGCAUGGCGCGCAGUGGACAGUUGAAAUCAUCAUUCUAAAAUUGGGUUUGAUGUUGAAUGCAUUAUUAAUCAAAACCAACCCCCCAAAUGACAAAAGAAAGUGAUUGAUGUUAUGUAUAGUAUUUGAGUGACAGUCAUGAAAUAUCGCACUUUGGUCCCCAUUUGCUUCAUUUUCGUUAAUCUCCCUUAAAACACUAAUCUUACUUCCUGUCAUCUUUGGUUCUCUCUCUUCCUAUUUUCUUGAAACCAUUUGAUUUCAAGAUUAUGCAAGCCUGGGAAUCAUGUAUUUGAUUGGCCAGCUAGUAUUGGGUAUAGUGUUUUAGUUGUUAGAAUGAGAGAUAUUGGUUUGGUUCAAAUGCAGGGUGGUAUGAUGUUCGCCAGGCUUGAUGAUUCCCCCAUGUUCCGUCAGCAGAUUCAAGCUUAUGAGGAAGAUGCCGAAACGUUGAGGGAUAAAUGUCUAAAGUUCUAUAAAGGAUGCAGAAAGUACACAGAAGGGCUUGGGGAAGCAUAUGAUAAAGACAUAGCUUUUGCCAGUUCUCUUGAAACCUUUGGAGGAGCGCAUGGUGAUUCUGUUGCUGUUUCAUUUGGAGGUCCUGAUAUGGUAAAAUUUGCUAUCGCUCUGAGAGAAAUUGGAACAUUCAAAGAAGUUCUUCGGUCACAGGUAGAGCAAAUAUUAAAUGAUCGACAACUACAUAUGGCUAGCAUUGAUCAUCAAGUAAAGGAAGCUCGGAAGCGUUUUGACAAAGCUGAUGUAGCUUAUGAUCAGGUCCGAGAGAAGUUCCUAUCGGUGAGGAAAAAUACUAGGAUGGAUAUAGCUGUUGCCAUUGAGGAGGAACUUUAUUAUGCAAGGUCAGCUUUUGAGCAUACCCGCUUUAAUCUGGUUGCAGCUCUUUCUUCUGUUGAGGCCAAAAAGAAGUAUGAAUUCUUGGAAUCUGUUAGCUUGACAAUGGAUGCUCAUCUUCAGUAUUUCAAACAGGGUUAUGAACUGUUGCAUCAGUUGGAGCCUUAUAUCAAUCAGGUCUUGGCCUUUGCACAAAGGGCUAGAGAGAGUUCCACACAUGAGCAGGCAGUUCUCAACGAAAAGAUGCAAGAGUAUAGGAGGGAAGUUGAUCAAGAAAGCAGGCGGUCAUUAAAUGGUCCUCACAGUUCUUCAACUGCUGACAUCUCACAACAUUCUUCCAGAAGUUCUCAAAAAGUGAUAGAGGCAGUAAUGCAGUCUGCUGCAGAAGGAAAGGUAGAAACUAUAAAACAAGGGUAUCUGUCAAAGCGUUCCUCUAAUUUAAGAGGUGACUGGAAGAGAAGAUUCUUUGUUCUAGAUAGCAGAGGAAUGCUGUACUAUUAUCGAACACAAAGGAGCAGGUCCUCUGGAUCUUCCAAUCCACUCUCUUCACAUAGAAACUCUUCCUCAGAACUGGGAGCAGCGCAUCGGAGUAGUUGGCUUUCUUCUCAUUAUCAUGGAGGUGUACAUGAUGAAAAACCUGUUGCACGUCGCACUGUGAACCUACUGACAUCAACAAUAAAAGCGGAUGCAGAGCAAUCAGAUCUCAGAUUUUGCUUCAGAAUAAUUUCACCAACAAAGAGUUAUACUUUGCAGGCAGAGAGCUCAGCAGAACAAAUGGACUGGAUAGAAAAAAUAACAGGAGUUAUUACCUCGUUGCUGAGUUCCCAGACACCUGAAAGGCAUUUCUAUUUGAGUCCCCCUACCAAAAGUAGGUCUAUAGGAAGUCCGACCAGUCAUGAUCAAAGAACAAUUGAAGAGUGCACAUCUGGGAGGGAUUUCAUUGCUAGGAGUUCCAUACGCCAAUCCAAAAGUGCAUCAAACCUGACCAUGAAAAUAGAGAAAAAAACUGAUGCACUGAAGAGGAUACCUGGGAAUGAUAAAUGUGCCGAUUGUGGUGCUCCUGAACCAGACUGGGCUUCUUUGAAUCUUGGUAUUCUUAUAUGCAUUGAAUGCUCUGGCAUUCACCGUAACCUUGGUGUACAUGUAUCAAAGGUAAGAUCCUUGGCACUUGAUGUUAAAGUAUGGGAGCCUUCAGUCAUAACCCUAUUCCAGGCUCUUGGAAAUGUGUUCGUGAAUUCUAUUUGGGAGGGUUUGUUGCAUCCAAGAAGAACUUUUCAGGCAGAUGAAAUACCAAUGCGGUUUUUGGAGUCCCAUAAACACAAACAGUUCUUUUGCAAACCCAGUGACGAUGACCAUAUUUCAGUGAAGGAGAAGUUUAUUCAUGCAAAGAUUUCCAUACUUUCUAGUGCCAUGAAGCAACAACAAGAACUAUGCCUCAGUCCCAAACAAGCCGUGUAUGCAGAAAAAAGUUUUGUUCACAAAGUGGCAGACAGUAGGCACCUGCUUUCAGUGGCACAGCAGUUGUGGGAAGGUGUCCGUAAAAAUGACAAGAAAACUGUAUACCGUCUCAUUGUUGUCUAUCAAGCAGAUGUUAAUGCAGGUUACGGGCAAGCAUCGCUUGGCAGUGAUUGUUCAAGUUCUUUGAAUCGACAAAGUGGAAGUGAAGAUCGUUCCUCUGAUGAAUUUCUUGAUGGCUGUUCCCUGCUUCACCUAGCCUGCCAAACUGCUGAUAUUGGCAUGGUGGAGCUGCUUCUGCAGCAUGGUGCUAACAUAAAUGCUUGUGAUUCGCGUGGUCAGAUCCCGCUGCAUCAUAGUUUUUUAAGAGGAAGGACCGAAAUUGCCAAACUAUUACUUUCAAGGGGGGCCGAUCCGCAAGCUGUCGAUAAGGAAGGAAAGACUCCUUUCCACCUUGUCAAGGAAUCAGCCCUCGGUGAUGUGGAGAUUAUUACCCUCCUGAAAGUUGCAAUAGGAUAGCACCAGCACAAAGAUCACGCUGAGGUAGACCUCUUAGUCUUUAUCCCACUAAGGGUAUUUUAUCUUCAAGAAUGAAGUUUGGAGUUAUAUGGAAGUGCUAGAGCUUGUUCAAUCCUUAGCUUCAUUCUGUCAGAGGAAAUUUUGAAAUAUGCAACCUUAUGAAAUGAAAGAUCCAGAGAAGUGAUGCUUUUUCUCCGCGGAUCUCAAAGGUUAGGAAUUAUAUAUCAAGUACCACAUGGCUAAGCUAUUUCCGCGUCAUGCAUUGACCUGCUUCUGUUGUAUUUCUCGUUUUUUUUUUUUUUUUUUUCUUCUCCCUUUGGGUUCUUUUGUCAUCCAAGCUCUGCAGAUCUUGAAGAGGUAGUCAGUGGAGCAGUUGUACAUUGAAUUGAUUGUGAUGGUUUAAACAGAAUAAGCUAGUAUAUUUAGGUGGGAGAAAUUUUGGUAUAGCGGCUUAGUGAUGGGGCUGGGAGAAAUUGAUGAGACAUCAUAGAUGAGGCUCUUUGUUAGUGGUUUUCAUUUUAUUAGAGGAGUAUGAAAGAAUGUUUUAUCAGCAAUAUGCAAUAUAUAGCUUUCUUGUAUUGCCAGGAGUACUCAAAAUUGCUUUACUGGUUUCAUUCACUUUCACUUUCACAUUCCAAGAUCAAGAGGUUGGAAAACGAUAGUUUCUUAUUGCAUUUGUACUGAAAAGUAUGUGUAUUGCAAUAAGAGUCUUAAUUUAUUUUAAUUUUUCUUUUAAA